AUGAGCUGGUGGUGGGCCGGUGCUAUUGGUGCUGCCAAGAAAAAACAGGAAGAAGAUGACGCGCCUCGAAGCUUCCAGAGCGUAGCUCUCGUGCUAGGCGUCACUGGAAUCGUCGGCAACAGUUUAGCCGAAAUCCUCCCUCUAUCCGACACACCCGGCGGCCCAUGGAAAGUCUACGGAGUAGCCCGCCGUCCCCGCCCAACCUGGAACGCAGACCAUCCGGUUGAAUAUAUUCAGUGCGACAUCUCCGACUCGGCCGAAACACAAUCCAAGCUUUCUCAGCUAACUGAUAUAACUCACAUCUUCUAUGUCACGUGGACUAACAGACAAUCGGAGGACGAGAAUUGUGAAAUUAACGGUCUUAUGUUCCGGAAUGUUCUUCAAGCUGUUAUCCCUAAUGCUCCCAAUCUCCGUCACAUCUGUCUCCAAACCGGAGCAAAACAUUACGUGGGUCCAUUUGAGUCUCUUGGCAAAAUCCAAACGCACGAUCCGCCAUUUACGGAGGAUCUGCCAAGAUUAGACGCACCCAAUUUUUACUAUACCUUAGAGGAUAUCAUGUUUGAGGAGGUAGCUAAAAAAGAGGGAUUGACUUGGUCUAUUCACAGGCCGGACCAGAUUUUUGGUUUCUCUCCCUACAGUUUGAUGAAUAUUAUUGGUACUCUUUGCGUGUAUGCAACUAUUUGUAAACAUGAGGGGCUGCCUUUACUGUUUCCUGGAACUAAAGCAGCAUGGAAUUGUUACUCAGUUGCAUCAGAUGCUGAUUUGAUAGCGGAGCAUCAAAUUUGGGCAUCAGUGGAUCCUUAUGCGAAAGAUGAAGCUUUUAAUUGUAACAAUGGAGAUGUGUUCAAGUGGAAACAUUUUUGGAAAGUGUUAGCGGAGCAGUUUGGGAUAGAGGAAUAUGGGUUUGAGGAAGGAGAGAAGAGAUUGAGUUUGGUGGAGAUGAUGAAAGGGAAAGAGGCGGUGUGGGAAGAAAUUGUUAGCGAGAAUCAGUUGCAGCCCACAAAGUUGGAUGAGGUGGCAGUUUGGUGGUUUGUUGAUCUGAUGUUGGGUGGCGAAGCUGUGAUUUCCAGUAUGAAUAAGAGCAAGGAACAUGGAUUUUUGGGGUUUAGGAAUUCCAAGAAUUCUUUCGCUUCUUGGAUUGAUAAGAUGAAGGCUUAUAAGAUUGUGCCUUGA